GUGCUGCACAUUGGUGGUGGAUGAGAUGAGUUUGCCCUUUACUAUGUAAAGCGCUUUGAGUAACCGUAGAAACGCGCUAUAUAAAUACACUCAAUUAUUAUGUUUGUUACAAUUAUCACAGGACAAAAAAUGCUACUGAAUGUUGUGUACAUUUGUUGAAUAGCAUCCAAGCUUGCCUCCCAUUGGAUAGAAUUAGAGCAAUUGGUCAUCGAUUUUAGUGAUGUCAGUAGGUACUGCUUUUUUACCGUGGCAAUUAAUGAGAUUGGGCAAUGCAUUUUGUCAUUGGACUGGGCAUCAGCGUGUCGAAACAACUAGCAAGCGCAGGCUACUCGGGCACACCGACGACUAAGGAACGUGAAUACUUCUUUACAUUGGAAAAAGGGAUCAGAUGAAUGAGUCACUCCAAGGGACUCUAGAGAGGAACGUUGUCCUCCACCGCCGGCCCACGUCUCCCUCACCCUGCUCAGCCUCCCCUCUACAGACAUCAUCAAAUGAGCUCUAUCUGAAUGCCACUUUCUAUGGGUUUGGAUUCAGUACAGCAGCCAGCAGUGAAGAGAGCCAAUCUCUUACAAAGCCUCAUUUUGCCACGGAACCUUAUGAAUUGCUUUCAAAAGUGCCUCGAAAGAACUAAAGAAAACCAGGAUUUUUCCUUCAUGUAUAGUGCUGCUGUUUUGAGAGUAUUCCUCUGAUUGACCAUAAAGGGAAGGACAGUUGCAUCAGAGCGGACAGGACCGUAAACUACAUUAAGGCUUUAGGGGAGCAGUCAUAACUUCUCUCUCCAUACGAGCCGACGACCAUGGUCCCCCAGAAGGCUGACUUGACUGUUUUGCCAUGUCAGGAUGUGGUGGAGAUGCCAGUGAAGAAGCAGAGCAGUGAGAGGGACGAGGAGAGUCCUGAUGGGUCUCUGGGUGAGGGUGCUGGGGGGGAACGUAUUCCCCUGCGCAAGUGGGUCAUGCAUGGUGCUGUCAUGUUCGGACGAGAGUUCUGCUACGCCAUGGAGACAGCCCUGGUCACACCAGUCUUACUGCAAAUAGGACUUCCAGAGCAGUACUACAGCCUGACGUGGUUUCUGAGCCCCAUCCUGGGCCUGAUCCUCACCCCUCUCAUUGGCUCAGCCAGCGACCGCUGCACCCUGAAAUGGGGCCGCAGGAGACCCUUCAUCCUGGCACUCUGUGUGGGGGUGUUACUGGGAGUUUCUCUCUUCCUCAAUGGGUCCCUCCUAGGAUUAGCCCUCGGGGACGUUCCCAGCAGUCAGCCCAUUGGGAUAGUGCUGACGGUGCUGGGCGUGGUUCUACUGGACUUCAGUGCAGACGCCUCAGAUGGGCCUAUCAGAGCCUACCUGUUGGAUGUAGCUGACACAGAGGAGCAGGACAUGGCCCUCAACAUACAUGCUUUCUCUGCAGGGCUGGGAGGAGCGGUUGGCUACGUGCUGGGUGGCCUGGACUGGACCAGCACCAUCCUGGGCACGGCCUUCAAGUCCCAGGAGCAGAUCCUGUUUGUGUUUGCUGCCGUCAUCUUCACCAUAUCUGUGAUUCUACACAUGUUCAGUAUCAAGGAGGAGAGUUUUGAGGCUCGUGGUGACACUCUGGGAGAGGGAGACUCCGACAGCCUGUCCUCCUCAGAGAAACUGAAGGGGGGCUUGGCAGGGCCUCGUAGUGUACCUCAGCUGGACGUUAUAGGAGAGGAGGACGCCCAGUCAGAGAGGGAGCUCUUCAUCAACGUGGACAGGGUGAGGAGUAAGAGCGACUCGGUGCUGGCCAUGCCUGACGCCACCAUCGAGCUGGACUCAGACCUGGACCAGGACGGUCAUUUCCUGGCCGACAUUGAGCCCUCCAUCUUUCAGGACUACCCCCAAGAUUUGUACCCUGGCACCCCUCAGAGACACUACAGUGGAUGGGGCAUCCAGGACCUGGAAGGCCCCCAGGCCGAGGCUCAGGCAAACAGCCAGCUGCCCCUCUUCCACCAGGACCCCUCCCCCUACUACAGCAGGGAGCACAUGUUGUUCAACAACCAGACCAACCAGGGAGCCAAGUGCCUCAACGGGGCCUCAGCGGCCCUGGCCGUCCCCUCCAACCACACAGCCCGCGGGGCCAACAGCCAGGGCCGAAUGCCAGGCCUGAGGCCGUCCAACACCAGCACCACUACCGGGCCACGCCGCUUCCCCUUCUACCGCCAGCCGUCAUUUACAUUCUCUUACUAUGGCCGCGUGGGUUCAGCACGAUACCGCCACCGCAGAAACACCAUGGGCAAUCCGGCCGGCGCCAACCUCCGCAUCAAGACCUCGCAGAGCAUGAACGACAUCUACGAGCACAUGCGGCAGAGGAGGGAGCUUCAGCAGAGCAGCACCACACUGUCCAGCGGGGACUCUGAGAGGGACGACGGAGACCAGGGGGGCACCACGGUCAAGCUGCUGUGGCUGUCCAUGCUGAAGAUGCCCCCCCAGCUGCUGAGGCUCUGCGUCUGUCAUCUCCUCACCUGGUUCUCCAUCAUCGCUGAGGCAGUAUUCUACACAGACUUCAUGGGACAGGUCAUCUAUGCUGGAGACCCCACAGCUCCUGCUAACUCCACUGACCUGCAGAACUACCAUAAAGGGGUUCAGAUGGGCUGCUGGGGACUGGUUGUCUAUGCUGCUACCGCUGCAGUCUGCUCAGCUGUGCUACAGAAAUACCUGGACAACUACGACCUGAGCAUUAAGGUGAUCUACAUCCUGGGUACUCUGAGCUUCUCCCUGGGAACUGCGGUCAUGGCGAUCUUCCCUAACGUCUACGUUGCCAUGGUGAUGAUCAGCACCAUGGGCAUCAUCUCCAUGAGUAUCUCCUACUGCCCCUAUGCUCUGCUGGGCCAGUACCACGAGAACAAGCAGUACAUCCACCACAGUCCGGGGAAGUCGCGACGAGGCUUCGGCAUCGACUGUGCCAUACUGUCGUGCCAGGUGUACAUUGCCCAGAUCCUGGUGGCGUCUGCACUGAGCACGGUGGUGGACGCGGUGGGCAGCGUGCUGGUCAUCCCAAUGAUGGCCUCUGGAGGCUCCUUCCUGGGCUUCCUCACCUCCACCUUCCUGGUCAUCUACCCAGACUCCUCCACUCCCACCACUACGCAGGACCAGGAGGGGUAUGGAGAGGAGGGGUCUCCGGCCCUGGUGGCCCCAGAACCAGACCCCAGUGGUAGCAGUAUGCAGCAGCCAGUAGUCCUUCUCAAAACGUCUCCUAAGGGCAGCAGCAGCACGGCACACUACGAGUCCACUAUUUAACAAAGAAGAAGAGGGACAAGGACAAAAUACUGGUGGCAUCACAAUAGUCAUAAAGUGUCUUCCUCUCUUUGUCUCCUUUAUUUAAUCUGCACAAAUAUCUAGUGGAGAAAGACAGUGACCAAACCUUCACACUCACUAGUCACAUGACUUCCAGUGGGAUGGACUGUUCCAAUGAACACGUUGUGCAUUUCUUGACAUAUGGCUGUUUUUCUUUUCCUCGUGGGGUUCAAAUGUUUGUGGUUUCACUGAUUACGUCCCAAAUAGCACCCUACUCCCUUUAUAGUGCACUUUUUACCUGGGUCCAUAAGGCUCUGGUCAAAUGUAGGGCACUAAAUAGGGAAUAGGGUGCCAUUUGGGACUCAUUCACAGUUUGAAAGGCCUGCAGGCCUUAUCAGAAGGAGUAUCCACCUCAUACACAGGAUCUAAUGUUGGACUAUUUUUCUUAAACGUGACUCUGUAGAUGGUUGUUUAGACUGCACAUGAAUAUUUUCACUCCAUUUCUAAAUUGAAAAUAUUUUUUAUUGAUUUUAUUUUGUGAUUGUACAAAAUGGUUUGAGUGACCGAUCAACUUUUUUAGAUCAAACUUAGUUUCCCCACAGACAGAAUGAUAUAGGAGUCCCUAUGUUACUGUGACCUCACUAAAGAUGCUGCAGUCACAGAGGAUCCAGUUCAGAACAGUAUGGGAGUCCCUAUGUUACUGUGACCUCACUAAAGAUGCUGCAGCCACAGAGGAUCCAGUUCAGAACAAUAUAGCAGUCGCUCUGUUACUGUGACCUCACUAAAGAUGCUGCAGCCAGAGGAUCCAGUUCAGAACAAUAUAGCAGUCGCUCUGUUACUGUGACCUCACUAAAGAUGCUGCAGUCACAGAGGAUCCAGUUCAGAACAGUAUGGGAGUCUCUCUUACUAUGACCUCACAAAAGAUGCUGCAGUCACAGAGGAUCCAGUUCAGAACUUUAUAGGAGUUGCUCUGUGACUGUGACCUCACUAAAGAUGCUGCAGUCACAGAGGAUCCAGUUCAGAACAAUAUAGGAGUCGCUCUGUUGCUGUGACCUCACUAAAGAUGCUGCAGUCACAAGAGGAUCCAGUUCAGAACAAUAUAGGAGGUGCUCUGUUACUGUGACCUCACUAAAGAUGCUGCAGUCACAGAGGAUCCAGUUCAGAACAAUAUAGCAGUCGCUCUGUUACUGUGACCUCACUAAAGAUGCUGCAGUCACAAUAGGAUCCAGUUCAGAACAAUAUAGCAGUCACUCUGUUACUGUGACCUCACUAAAGAUGCUGCAGUCACAGAGGAUCCAGUUCAGAACAGUAUGGGAGUCUCUCUUACUAUGACCUCACUAAAGAUGCUGCAGGCACAGAGGAUCCAGUUCAGAACUUUAUAGGAGUUGCUCUGUUACCGUGACCUCACUAAAGAUGCUGCAGUCACAGAGGAUCCAGUUCAGAACAAUAUAGGAGUCGCUCUGUUGCUGUGACCUCACUAAAGAUGCUGCAGUCACAAGAGGAUCCAGUUCAGAACAAUAUAGCAGUCGCUCUGUUACUGUGACCUCACUAAAGAUGCUGCAGUCACAGAGGAUCCAGUUCAGAACUUUAUAGGAGUCGCUCUGUUACUGUGACCUCACUAAAGAUGCUGCAGUCACUGAGGAUCCAGUUCAGAACUUUAUAGGAGUCGCUCUGUUACUGUGACCUCACUAAAGAUGCUGCAGUCACAGAGGAUCCAGUUCAGAACAAUAUAGGAGGUGCUCUGUUACUGUGACCUCACUAAAGAUGCUGCAGUCACUGGGGAUCCAGUUCAGAACUUUAUAGGAGUCGCUCUGUUACUGUGACCUCACUAAAGAUUCUGCAGCCAUCGAAGAUCCAGUUUAGAACAGUAUAGGAUUUGCUGUUACUGUGACCUCACUAAGGGGCGGCAGGGUAGCCUAGUGGUUAGAGCGUUGGACUAGUAACCGAAAGGUUUCAAGUUCAAAUCCCUGACCUGACAAGGUACUAAUAUGUCGGUCUGGCCCUGAACAAGCAGUCGGUCAGAACAAUAUAGGAGUCGGUCUCUUUUACUGUGACCUCACUAUGCCACAGAGGAUCCAGUUCAGGGUCAGUCAGUUACAUUCUCUAUUAUAAACACCAUCCACUAACUCUCUUCAGUCUAUUGACAUGUAUAUCAUGAAAACACUCAGGGCUAUUAUACAGCACAGAUGAUAUGAUGUCCAGGUUACACCAAAAGUCCAAAGAACCAUUCAGGAUGUUCCUUUUUGUAGCUCAUAUUUGCCAUUUACUGGGUUGUGGCCUAUAGCCUACUGUUUACAUGACAGAGUUGGAUAAGUGUUAUCAGCCUUAAGAUAAUCAAAUGCUGAAGUGAUGAUGCUUACAUUCUAACACAUAUCAAUACUUUAAAAAGGGAACAUAUUGUUAACCUCGAUUAUAGUACGCUGCAUGGAAGAAUACUAGAUUUCAUACUACAACUAGUAAUUACAAAUGGUCUAUGAUCAUAAGAUGCCUUUGGGCCCAUGCAGCAUUGAAGAAACCUUACACUGUACUGUGCUACAGGAAGUAGCCCUCUGUUGUUCUGAACCAUCUGUUCCACAGGGUAACGCACAAGAAAGGAUAUUUGCUCUGUAUGUUUUUACAUUUAACAACUGCAAAAGCUGCACUAUAAAUUGGAAGAACUUUAAGAGAGGACAGUGUGUGUGUCAUUAUUUAUCUGGCAGAACAGUCAUGCACAUCUGUUGACAGAUUCGUAUAGAGAUGAAGUCCCAAACGGUAGUGCGUUACCUUUGACUAGAGUCCUACAGGGCAUGUACAACUAAUUAGCUGUGUGCCUAGAAGGUCUUCCCAGGCCCAGAGUGUUGGGUUUAGGAGUUGUUCCACCUACGUGAGGUGGUAGGUAGAGGGUGGUGUUCACCAGGAACCAAAUGGAAGUAAAGGGGUGGAAACGGGGAGGGACCUCACUGCAUUUAUCCAAUCAAAAAGUGUCCUGUUGCAAAGCGUUUUGGAGGUGUUCUCAAAUGAAGAGGAUCCAUCAUCACAUCCAGCAGAAACAUCUGGCUCUAGAAAGUGGGAAAAUGAACUUUUUGGUACAUUUUUCUUGUCAACUGCUGUAAUUUAAGAGGUUUGGUUGUAAUGGGGAAAAUAUAAAUGUCUAUCUGGUUGUGAAAUAGUUUUAGUUUGGGAAUGUGUGCAAAUGAGAAAUUAAAUUGGUCACACUCAA